CGAAAAACGGCCACUGGAAUACUGUUCAAAUUUUCUAAUCCAGAAGACUACCAGGCCGUGUUCAAGAAGGGAUUCCACAAGGUGACCGGUGCGCGGUUCUACAAAAAGGUGGCCAUUCCAUGUCGGCCACAGAAAACAUUCAUGUUGUACGUAUUUGACGUGCCGGAUGAUGUACCGGUUGACGACAUUCGUCACUCGUUGUAUAGAUUCAAUUCGGUGGUCGAAGUGGUCCGCCUAGUGGUGCAGUACCAGAAACAGCCCGGCUCACAGGAACAAGAACAGAUGCAAGGAGGCACUGCUACUCCAAAGCCUCAAUUACCGAAGUUGUCCACAACCAAGCCAAUCGACGAACAGGACGUGGCCCUCCAACGAGAAUCGCCACCACCACCGAUCCGUAUCACCUUAGCCUCCAUCGACGAGUAUCACCAUCUCCUGCAGAAUGGGCUUGACUUCUACGGUGCGACUUUCUUCCCAACGGAGCCAACCCUCCCAGCACAUGCCGCUAAGAUUGCCACCAAGAAAGGAAGUCGCAUGAUCGACGGCAGCAUACCAGGGCGUGUUCGCGAACUGCUCCCAGUGUUCGACGCUGCCGGUUUUAGCAAGAUUCCACCGCCAGCUUCCAAGACGAUCAAACCGCGCCCAUAAUAGAAACAUCCGGAACGGAAGGUCUCGAAUCUAGAAUAAACGGAUUUGCUCUCUACUCUUGCGUCGAACGUGUAAUGUCUCAACCCUAGCUAUUGUUCUGUAGCAGCUAAAUCAAUCAAACCGAAUGACUCUAUUGUUAGAAACGUCUUGUUAAGCUUCCACCAGACGAACGAGGGUUACGACAACCAAAAAUAGAAUAACAAAUAACUAUAAUUACGACAUUUUUAUAUCUUUCGGCUUUUGCGUUGCCUACAGGAAAUAUCACAUACUAGGUAUAAGAUGACACGAAUAUGUUCUGUUUUACUAUCAAACAUGUAAUCCUUAUUUUAGAAAAUCAACAGUUCCUCUUCAUUUUAUGCGUGAAUGGUUUUUGAAUUGCUUUUGAAAUGUUAUAUCAUAAUCAAAUUAUAGUUAAUUUAGUACUCGUAGCUAAGUUAAGAAGGGCGUAAGGCGGAACAUGAAUAACUAUACGGAUUUGUUGUUGUUUGGCUGAACUGCUGGCCAUCCUAUUUUAAGAAUUACAAGAAUAAAUAAACUGAUAAUAGCUGUCGAUGAUGAAGUAAAAAAUGCUGACGCUGUUGAUUUAAACUACUGAUGAUGAUUAUGAUGAUGAAUUUAUAAAAUAAAUGUUCCAAAUAACAUCUAUGGAA